UCUCUCUUUUAUUUGAAAAACCUUGACACAUGGUAUCCUACAUAGACAAAAUAUUUUACCUAGAUAAAAAUUAAAUAAUAAAAUAUUAAUAUUAAUUAAAAAUUAAAGAUUAAUGUUUUACUAUCCAUAUAAAAAUUAAAUUAUUUUUCUUACCUCACUAAUCAACUCCUCCGUACCCCCUCCCCGACAACCCCCAUCCUUCUUUUUUUUUUUUAAAUCAUUUAUUAAAAUAUUUUUAAAAAUUUCAUACUUCAUCCUCCCUUCCACUUCAACAAAAAAAACCACCCAUUCAUCCCCUCCAAAAAAAAAAAAUACAUGUAUAUGGCUGAAAGGAAUCCCAUUGGAUUUCUGGAGCUCAAACUUCUCAGAAUAAUUAAUGCGUUGACUAGAGUAGGCAUUAAGAAAUUAAAUUUCCUAUUAAUAUUAGUAGUUGAUUGGAAUGCUCAUUACAAGCUUUCAUUUUUGAAUUGGUACUUGUUUGUUUAUACGUUCCUCUAUACACCAGACUAAUUAAUCGAAUCUAUGGCAUCAUCUUCUUCUUUUGCGAGUAAUUCACAGUACUCUCCUCAAUGGAAGUACGAUGUCUUUGUAAGUUUUAGAGGAGAAGAUACUCGGAAAAAUUUUACGAGUCACUUGUACCAAGGUUUGGAAAAUAGGGGAAUAUUAACCUUUGUAGAUGAUAAAAGGCUAGAGGAUGGAGAUUCCAUCUCAGAAGAACUUGUGAAAGCUAUAGAAGAGUCUCAAGUUGCAGUAAUGGUUUUCUCAAAGAAUUAUGCUACGUCAAGGUGGUGCUUGAAUGAACUAGUGAAGAUUAUGGAAUGCAAGGAGAAAGAAAUUGGACACAUAGUCAUACCGGUCUUCUAUUAUGUGGAUCCAUCACAUGUUCGAUACCAAAGUGAGAGCUUUGCAGAAGCAUUUGCCAAACACGAAUCGAGGUAUAAGGAUGAUGUUGAGGGGAUGCAGAAGGUGCAAGGAUGGAGGAAUGCCCUUGCUGCUGCCGCAAAUCUAAAAGGAUAUGAUAUCCGUGAUUGGAUUGAAUCAGACUUCAUUCAGCAUAUUGUUGACCAAAUUUCGUCCAAAUCAUGCAAGACUUCAGUAUAUUAUUUGCGAAAUGUUGUGGGAAUAGAUACUCAUUUGGGAAACGUAAAAUCCCUACUAGAAAUGGAGAUCAAUGAUGUUCGGAUUGUGGGGAUCUGGGGAAUGGGCGGAGUUGGUAAAACGACAAUAGCAAGGGCUAUUUUUGAUACAAACUCAAACCGUUUUGAUGCUGCUUGUUUUCUUGCGGAUAUUAAGGAAAACAAGUGUGGAAUGCAUUCUAUGCAAAAUAUCCUUCUCUCAGAACUGUUGAGGAUAAAAGGUAACCACGUGAAUAAUAAGGAAGACGGAAAGCACAUGAUAGCUCAUAGACUUCGGUUUAAGAAAAUUUUAGUUGUGCUUGAUGACAUAGAUCACAGUGACCAUUUGGAUAACCUAGCUGGAGAUCUUGAUUGGUUUGGCAAAGGCAGUAGGAUUAUUGUAACAACCAGAGACAGACAUUUGCUGGGAAAGGAUGAUGCAGUAUAUGAAGGGACUGCACUACUUGACGAUGAUGCUAUUAAAUUGUUCCAUCAAUAUGCUUUUAAAGAAGAAGUUCCAGAUGAAUCUUUUGAGAAGCUCUCAUUGGAGGUCAUUGAUCAUGCUAAAGGCCUUCCUAAAGCACUAAAAGUGUGGGGUUCUUUCUUACAUAAGAGGGACAUAAUUGAGUGGAGAAGUGCAAUAGAGCAAAUGAAAAUUAAAUCCAAGUCAGAAAUUGUUGACAAGCUUAAAAUUAGCUACGAUAGACUGGAGACUGUACAACAAGACAUAUUUCUAGAUAUAGCAUGCUUCUUACGAGGGUUUGAAAAAAAAUAUGUCAUGAAAAUUCUUGAGAGUUGUUAUUCUGGAGCAAAUAUUGAAUUGAGUGUCCUAAUUGACAAAUCUCUUGUGCUCAUCGACUGUGAUUGGAUUCAGAUGCAUGACUUAAUACAAGAUAUGGGUAAAUAUAUAGUGAAUAUGCAAAAGGAUCCAGGUGAACGUAGCAGACUAUGGGACGUUAAAGAUUUGAAAGAAGUGUUGGUCAACAAUACAGGGACAGUGGCAGUGGAAGUAAUCUGGUCAAUUUAUAUUAAAAAACUAUGGUUAAGCAAAGAGACACUGAAAAAUAUGAAAAGACUUAGGAUAUUAAUAAGUCAAGAUGUAAGUCAUGAAUGGCUCCAAGAGUACCCCUCCGAGAGUGAUUCAGAAGACGUUUCCCAUGAUUCCAGUUGCCAUGAUGGCUUCAUUGAGUACCUGCCCAACAAUUUGCGUUGGUUUAGCUGGUAUCUCUAUCCUUGGAAGUCAUUGCCAGAAAAUUUUGAACUGCAAAGGCUUGUUCAUCUUGAACUCCGGUUUAGUUUGUUGCAUAAAUUAUGGACGAAAAGAAAGAUACUUUUGCCGUCUCUACGAAGGCUAGAUCUCCGGUACUCUACAAGCUUGAUGGAAACACCAGAUUUUACUGGGAUGCCAAAUUUGGAAUAUUUGAAUUUGAGUGCAUGUGUGAGUCUUAAAGAGGUUCACCAUUCCUUGGGAUGUUCCAGAAAACUCAUCUCUUUAAAGUUGUACCAUUGUGUAAACCUUGAGAGGUUUCCAUGUUUAAACGUGGAAUCUCUUCAAAAACUAUGUCUAAUAGAUUGCUUCAGUUUAGAGAAAUUUCCAGAAAUCCUUGGAAGACCGAAGCCGACACUAGACAUUUCUGUUGGAGGCUACGAGAUAAGGAGGGGUUGGCCUACAGUGCUAAAUUAAAGAAAUUUGGGAAACCUUGUAGCUCUUCCAAGCAGCAUUGGCAUGUUGAAAAGCUUGGUGAAGCUAAAUAUAUCGGGUUGCUCUAAGUUUGAAAGCCUUUCAUUGAGUUUUGAAAGCCUUUCAUUAAGUUUGUAGAUGGGGUGUUCUUUGUUUUCCCUGACGUGAAUGAAGGGUUACACUCAUUGGAAGAUCUGGAUCUCCGUUACUGCAACUUAACAGAUGGAGAACUUCUAGAAGACAUUGGAUGUUUAUCCUCUUUGAAAGAGUUGCCUCUAAUCAUAGCCCAACUUGGUCCUCUUCGAUAUUUGGACUUAUCAGAGUGCAGGAGGCUUAAAAAGUUUCUAGGUGUUAAUGUAGCUGAAUGAUUACGCUCAUUGGAAAAUCUGAAUCUCAUGUGUUCCUGCAAUUUAAUGGAGGAAUUCCGGAAGACAUUGGAUGCUUAUUAAUGAGAAAGGAGUUAUUACUUAGUUAACUAAAAUUAGUUAUAACAAAUUAUAGUUAGGAUUUGUUAGAUUAGUUAGUUAGUAUUUUAAGUUCUAUAUAAUGUAAUGUUUUAGUUGUUUUUCUUCUAAGAAUUUUUGGAUUCAUUUCUAAUAGAAGUAAAAGAUAUUUUCUUCCAA